AUGCCUGUUGAAUCAAUAAAACCUUUUCUUAUUGGUGUUGCUGGAGGACCCUGUUCGGGAAAAUCAACAGUCUGUCAAAAAAUCGUUGAAGCAUUACAACCAAAUGAUGAUAUCGAUCACACAGAUCGUGUAACUGUCAUAGCAAUGGAGAAUUUUUAUAGACCUAAAACAGCAGAACAACGUGACAUGGCUUUACGUGGAAAUUAUAAUCUUGAUCAUCCAAGUGCGUUUAAUGAACAACUUCUUUAUAAAACAUUAAAGGAUUUACUUGAUGGUCAAACUGUCAAAAUUGCUCGUUAUGAUCCUGGCAAAUAUGAACAUACUGAAGGUGCAUUUGAUACGAUUAAACCUGUACCAGUUAUUUUAAUUGAAGGAAUUCUGGUUUUUUAUUUUCCUGAAAUUCGAGCUCUAUUUGACAUGAAAUUAUUUGUUGAUACGGAUGCUGAUACUCGUUUAGCACGUCGCGUUCUACGUGAUAUGAACCAGCAUGGAAGAAAUUUAGAAUAUAUCUUAAAUGGUUAUAUAAAUCAUGUCAAACCAUCUUUUGAAGAUUUUUGUUUACCAACAAAAAAAUAUGCUGAUGUUAUUAUACCUCGUGGCGCUGAUAAUCUUGUUGCUGUUGAUCUUAUCAUACAGCAUAUCAGAGAUUUUCUUAAAAAUAAAUCCAGCAAAAAUGAAAAUCAACAAUCGAUCGAGCAUAAUACGCGAUCACGACCACAUUGA